AUUGGCUAUUGUGUAAUGUCAUUGUCAUAAGAUAGCAAAAGACAUUCUAAGUUUUAUAACAACUUGAAUUGAACAUCAAGUUCAAUUUGAUAAGUCAUGUCAACAUAGUGCUGUGAAAUAAUUAUUUUGGAAAACAUUAUGUCUGGAUCAAAGAAAAUGACACUCCGUGUGCAGUCAUCGGAGGGCACGAACCGUGUCGAGGUGUUAUACUCUGACGUGACGGCUAAGUUGUUUGAACGAGUGUACGAAACCUUCCACCUGAACACCUUUGGUUUCUCACUUCAUAAGGAUCGCGCGCAUAAAGAAGAGAUCAUAUCGAGCAAAUCUCGUCAACUUAGAGAAUAUGGAUUACAGCAUGGAGAUAUGAUAUACAUGAGUCCAGUAAAUGGAGCUGUACUCUUUGAUCAGCCUUCUACAAGCAUUGAGACCAAUAAGUCAUUUGGCAUGGAAACUGAACCAUCAACAUCAUCAGCAUCUUUAGUACCCUCAAAAGGCCUUAAAAAACAAAAUGUUCCUCAAGAAGAUGAAAUUGAUUUACAACUGUACCAAAUGCCAGGCAAUAUACAACGGCAGAGGGAUGAAAAAUUAUGUCGGCAUAAUUCAAAAGGAUGUUGUGUACACUGUUCUCCUCUUGAACCCUGGGACGAGAACUACCUCAAGGAACAUAAUAUUAAACACAUCUCUUUUCACUCAUAUUUACGUAAGAUGACAUCUGGGAAAUUCAUUUCAUUAGAUGAAUUGUCUUGUAAAAUUAAACCAGGGUGUAAAGAACAUCCGCCAUGGCCGCGUGGAAUCUGUUCUACGUGUCAACCAGGCGCUGUCACGUUAAAUAGACAGCCUUAUCGUCAUGUAGACAAUGUGUUAUUGGAACACGCGGCGCCAGUAGACCGAUUUCUAGCAUAUUGGCGAGCCACUGGCCACCAACGUAUUGGAUUUUUGUAUGGACAGUAUGAGAGCCACCCAGAUGUACCAUUGGGUAUCCGCUCCCGCGUGGCCGCGAUAUAUGAGCCUCCUCAGGAAUGCUCCAGGGAUCACAUUGCUUUAGCCCCAGAUGACAAAGAACAGUUGCUCAAUGAGAUUGCUGCCCGUCUUGGACUGAGACGCGUGGGCUGGGUGUUCACUGAUCUUAUGCCUUUGGACUUAGCAGCUGGAACUGUGAAGAAAGUCAGAGGCAUGGACACACACUUCCUGUCUGCCCAAGAAUGUAUAAUGGCGGGUCAUUAUCAGAAUCAACAUCCAAACGCCUGUCGUCAUGCGUCUUCGGGAUAUUUUGGAUCAAAAUUCGUCACUGUAUGUGUUACAGGUGACAGCGAGAACCAGAUCCACCUGGAAGGUUACCAGGUCUCUGGUCAGUGCGCGGCACUAGUCCGCGAUGAUAUUCUUGUGCCAACACGUGAUGCGCCCGAUCUCGGCUACAUCCGAGACUGUACGCCGCAGCAGUAUGUUCCUGACGUCUACUAUAAGGAACGUGACGAAUAUGGGAACGAUGUGGGCGUGUCAGCGAAACGGUUACCAGUGGCGUAUCUGCUAGUAGAUGUGCCUUGCGGGGUAGCACCGGGUACUUCACAGCCCAGGUUCAGUCCCGGUGCCACCUUCCCGCCAGCGAAUCGCCCACUGCAGAACCAUUUACAAAGCCUGAAGGGUCUUCAUGAACAUAUACAAAAUUCGCCGUCAUUCUUAGAGGCUAUGUCAGAUCUCCACGUACUCCUAUACUUGGCGACCAAUGAUGCUCUACCCCUAACAAUAGAGCAGCUGGAGCCUUUGUUGCAAGCAGUCAGGACAAGAGAUGAAGAUGCAGCGGAAUCUUGGCGAAAUGAAGGGCACGUGGCCACGUUAUUGCAGCUGGCGGCCUGUGAUCACAAUUCGCCGGCUGCUAAUAGUUCGUCUGACUCCGGCGUGUGGACGUGUCAGUUGUGUACGUUCCACAAUGCGGCGCCGCUCGACUCCUGCGAGAUGUGCGCGAUGCCAAGAAACAACGCAAUGUAGAUUGAAGAACUCGUGAUUUUUACGAAGAGCAUCACCGGUCUCCGCUCGGACCUAUUUUUGUACCCAACGUUGUUUGGACCUUUAGCCGCUAGCAUUUUAUAUUUCGUUUAGGAUUUGUACCGUAGAGAAAUUCCGUUUUCCUUUCCUAUCCAUAAGUUAAUGUAAAUAAAUUUUAGUUUUUAAUUUUAAACGUUAUUUUUUUGAAUGUCAUUUUGAAAAUAUUGGCAUAUUUGUGCAUACAAAUGGUGUGCAAAUAUGCCUCAUAACUGAGAGGACUAGAAACUUAUAUUUUUGUCAUAUAACUAUGCUGAUCAUGUGUACUGCGCUUCAAGAUUUGAAACAGUUGAGAAUGUUUCUUUCAAAUAAAAAAAAAAUCCACUUAAACACUUAUUUAAAUCGCUGAUUUAUGACACAAAUUUGGUUUGUUGGUUGAAUCUAUAUUUGAUAUUUAUUUUUGGUAUGAGAAUGAAAAAAAAUUGUUUCUUAAAGUGCAGUGUAGUAUCUCAAUGUAUGUAUAGUUAGGAGCAGCGCUUGCGAGCGUUUUAUAUGAGAGAAUUCACAUAAAUACAGUGUGCUGAGGACACAA